AAUAUGAUACAUUUUAGUUGGUUCAUUUAAUAGUAUACUUGAUUUUUUAUUUUUACAUCCUGGCCCUGUUCCAAAUAUUCCAAUACAUUAAUUAUUUAACACAUAAAAGUUAAUAGCGUAACUUAACAAUAUGUUGGUAAAGCGUUAUCAAGUAUCAACAAGUUAAAAAUAUUAUUCAACUCUACACGACACCGGCGUGAAAAUCUAUUUUGGCUAAAGGUCAUACCAUAAUCAUGACUACGGUAUACCUAUAUCUUUCACCGGCGUGGUCGUGACCUUUAUGAGUUUUCCAAAGGUUGAUUAUUUUCCGUGUUAUCACUACUGGACAGUUAUCAAAUAUCAAUUACGAAAAUAUAAUUGUAAGUCAUGAUGUAGAAAAGAUCUUCCCUAUAUUGUGUUUUAAAUAUUUUAUUUGAACAUGACGUGGAAAACCAUUUCUUUAUGCUUGUGUAUUUAUGGUGUUUUAAAAGAGUUUCGUCCAUCAGAAUCUUAUUUCAUUCCAUAUUUACUAGGUCCACGGAUGAAUUAUACUGAAGAACAGAUUAAUAAUGAAAUACUUACUGUUGGUGUUUAUGCUUCAAUGAUAUGUAUGAUAUUUGUUUCGUUAACAACUGACUGGCUGAGGUAUAAAAUUGUAAUUGUUAUCCAAGCGUUUUGCGGUGUUUGUAUUUAUGCUUCGUUAUCGUUUUUUACAAGUUUUACAUCUCUUAUUGUAGUUCAAAUUUUGUAUGGCAUGUUUGUCGCUACAGAAGUUGCAUACUUCACAUAUACAUAUUCUGUUGUGAAUAUAAAAUAUUAUCAGAAAGUUACUAGUUAUAUAAGAGCUGCACAUCUUAUAGGGCGUUUCUUUUCAGGAUUUCUUUCUCAGGUGUUUAUUUCAACAGAAUUGGUUGAUACAUAUCAAUUAAAUUUCCUUACAUUAGGAAGUCUGACGGCUGCAAUGUUAUGGACCAUAACAUUACCAGCUGUAAAAAGAAGUGAGCCUAAGCCCGAAACUCAGAAAAUGAAUGUAAUUGAGAAAACAUCAGAAGCAAAAGUAGAAGACGGAGAUGAUGAUUCAGCUGAAAAUAAUACAGAACAUAGCAAGAUUUCUUGGAAAUAUUUCAAGUCCAUGUGUAAAGAAUAUAAGAGUUUUUAUAUUUUGAAAUGGUCAUUUUGGGUUAUAACUGCAACUUGUUGUUUUAAUCAAGUUUUAUAUUACAUUCAGUCAUUGUGGGAAUCUUUGAGCCAUGACAAAUGUCUUGAGAAUAGUAGUAUUUGUACUAAUACUUCAGAAUGGAAUGGAGCUGUUGAUGCUGUUUAUACAAUAAUAAGUACAUUUAUUACGUUUUUAUGUGGUUUUAUCAAUAUGGAUAUGGAUAAAUAUAGUAAUUUACUUAUUAUAGUAACAUCUUUUGUCCAAUUUGGUGCUCUUUAUAUAUCAGUUGUAUAUAAAUCAAUCUAUGUAUCCUAUAUCAACUACAUAAUAUUUUGCACAAUUUAUCAAGGAAUGAUGACCAUUGCCAGUUCUGAAAUAGCCAAAUGUGUCAAUAAAGAUAACCAUGGAUUUGUGUUUGGUGUUAAUAACUUAUUAGCUGCAACUUUACAAUCAUUAGCUACAUUUUUCAUGACUAUGGGAGGUUUGUCGUCAUCAUCUAAAAUUUUGUUUGAAUGGUAUGCUAUAUUCUGCUUAGUAAUUGGAGUAUGUUAUUUAUUUAUAUCAAUUUUACAAGUUGUUAAGAAGUAAGUUAUGUCAAACAUAUUAGGUGAUUAAUUAAUUUUAGGAACUAAUAAGUAAUUAUAAUAUUUAUAUUUAUUUGCUCAUCGUUACAGUAUACCAUGUUUAACGGUAAUCGGAAAAAAAUUCCCAAAUCAACUAUUUAGUAUUUAAAUUAUAAUAGAUAGUAUGUUUUAUAUAAUAUAAUGUACUGUGACUAUCAGCUAUGGUCUAUUAAUAUUCUUGGAAAAUAUUUAUUAGUAUAGAGAAAUAAAUUGUGAAAUUGGAAAAAUAUAGUAUAAAAUAACACAUUUUUUACAUGUUAAUUAUCUAUACAUAAUUAUUAAUAUAGUAUACCAUUGGUUCCUAAUUGGUGGUCUGCGGACUUCCUGGGAUCCAUGUAAGUAUUGAAGUGAUAUUUUUAUUUUAUUUUAGUGGAAUUAUUAAAAAAUUAAAUGUAUUAUAUAUAUUAAUUACAUUAUGCUUCACGUAUAGCUGAACUGAUUUUUUUUUCCAUUUUUAUAAUUAAACAAAAUUGAAAAGUAAGUAAUCACAAAUAAGGGGUCCCCUGUCUAAUUUAAGUUUUAGCUAGGAGUCUGUGACUCUAUGCUAAUUAGGAACCACUGUAGUAUACAAUAAAUACUAAAUUAAUUAAUGCCGAUCAAGUUCAGUUAGGAUUAGAUUCUGUAGGUGAACUUAAAAGAAUUACCAAAAGAAGACAAAAUCAUAUACUAUAAGUAUUCGGCUUAAGGAAUUAAUUAUAAUAAACAUAAUAGACUUUUUGGCAUUUGUGCCCAAUAUCAUAAGAAAACGAACUGAUUAAUGUAUAUUAUAUAUAUAUUUUUUAUUAUUUUAAUUUUAAUAAUAGUAUACUGUUAAUUGUUAUAAUAAACUUAAAUACUGAAUACUUGAUUUGGGAAUUUUUUUCCUAGAUUCAAGUUAAACAUAAUUAUAACUAUGUAAUAAUUAUUAUAUUUACAACAUUAAUUUAAUAUUACUUUUUAUGUUAUUAAUUAUGUAAAAUGGUUGUAAUUUAAUUCAAAAAUUGCAUCGAUAAGUUAUGAAUGUAUACCUAUUAAUAAGUGAAAAUUAUAUAUAAGUGC